AUGCCGUCCCUGCACCACGGAGCCAUCUUCAUCGGCGCCUUCCUCAUCGUGACCGGCGGCUCCACCGCCUUCUUGGCCUCGUCGCAGAGUCGCCUGCAGCCGUUCUCCCUGUGCUGCGUGGUGCUAGGGGUGGUCAUGCUCAUCCUGGGGCUCUUCUGGGCCAUGAACAGCAAGAGCCCCUCCAACUACAACCAGCAGCACAGCCAUGCCCUCUUUGCGCACGACGGAAAUCGCUUCCCGGAGUCCCAGUCAGUAUACCAGCCAGGGACUCUGGAGUGCCAAAGGCAUGGCGCUCGCAGCGAGGAGUUCGACUAUCCCCCCAUGGACCCCGGCGGUUUCAGUCCGCCGCCUCAUCCUCCCCCCUGGCUGGGACCACCGCCUCCGUACGAGGUGGCCAUCAAAACCACGUGCAGCUCCACGCACCUGCGCCGCGCCUACUCCGACACGCACCUGGCCGCCGAGCCGCUGUUCGGACGCUCCAGAGAGAUCAGCUUUGAGGUUUAA